AUGCUUCUAAUACUUCCCUCACUGCUUUUCUUCCUAGUCAACGUCAACGCUCGUACAGCGCCACGGGAAACGCUACCGGAGAAAAUAAGAAAUGUGUUAGUAGCUUUCCAUGACGGCUGCCACAAAGAUAUGGUCUGGAAUGAUGACUUGGCGAAUACGACGUCAGGCCGACAGGCCCAAUCGAAUGAAACUCGCCUAGUACUCAAAACUUGGGAGAAAGAUCGAGGUAAGAAAGCGGUACAUAAGGCAUACGAAAAAUUGAAGGACUUCCUCGAAGCAAAUAAAGACAAAGUGAGUUUUUACAUU